AUGCCGGCCCUGGACGAUGGUUCAUUGUCUUUUCGAUCCGAUAGGGCUUCGAACGUGAUUAGAAUAUACGGGGGACGUGGACCGAUGAACAUGAACGCCAACAGCAAGCGAAGAAUUUCGGGCAAACAACGGUUCUCUACCGAAAAGCACAGUGACGACGAGCUACUCGCCCGAAGCGAGGUUGUGCAAGUGGAACUGAUGCCUCAAGAUGAUAACUGGGGAGAGAACACGACCUGCUUGACCGGCAACACGAGUGAGCAUUCAUGCUCAUACGAUGACAUCCGUCGACUGAAAGACUUUUCACAGGUGGAGGGCAUGAUGAUUCUCGGAUCUCGCUUUUUGCCCUGCUGCCGCUUUCCAUCCAUCAUCAUAUCGGUCGUUACCUGCAUGGCAUCCAUUUGUAGCCCGGCGGUGAUGGUGGCUCUGCCUAAGCUGUCUCAUCUGGCUGCUCGCACCAAUAUCACUUGGAACACGACCCCGUGCGGUAGCGACUGCGAAGGACUGUUGAUCAAUUUCUCUGUCAAAAUGGUCAUUUUCCUGUUCGGCUUAUGGGCUUUGUUCUUUCGGCGAUCAACCGAAAGCCUGCCGCGCUUGUUCAUUAGCCGGGCGUUUCUGCUCGCUUUUGUUUUCUUAGUCAUAUUCGCUUAUUGGCUGUUUUAUAUUGUCCGUAUUUUACAACCGGCAGAACCGAACUUUACAAGCAUCGUCACUUUUGCGCUAUCUUUUUUGGAUGCGCUAAUCUUUAUCCAUUAUCUAGCAUUGAUUAUUCUCGAAAUCCGUCACUUGAAGCCUGUCUUCAAAGUGCAUGUUGUCAGAUCACCGGAUGGCGUCGGUCGAACCUAUUCCCUCGGCUACGUCAGUGUCCAGCGCGCAGCCGCCAUCAUCUUGCAGAACUAUUACCGCGACUUCGCCAUUUACAAUCCAUAUUUGGAGGCACUGCCCACCCGGGGCAAGAAGGGCAGUUCAAAUAAGUUGCCUGUGACGUCGUUCAAAAUUUAUGACGUGGAUGCUGGCUCAGAAACCGUCAAUCCGCAGGACGUCAACACACAAGCGAUAAUUGCAGCCGCUGCUCGCAAGCGAGACGCCGGUCAUAACGAGCGCUUUUACGAAGAGCUGGAAUGGGAACGACGCGUGAAGAAACGGAAGGCGCGCUUAAUCACCGCCGUCGAGGAGUCGUUUGCGCACGUCAAACGAAUCGGCGAGGAUAAAGGUUUUUAA